UAUUUCCUGAGUGUACUUUUAACGACCUUCGAUUAUGACCUCUAAAGUUAUGUAGGUAGUCAAUAGGAAAUUUGUACGCAUGCGUAAAGUACAUUCUAUUUUGUCAAAUUGUGUUUGGCGCGCUGAUAAGCACGAGCUCUUGAUCACAAUGAAACAAUUUUUUUUAGUCGCACGACAGAUAGCAUACAUUCUUCACGUAUCAGUUUGUAUCAUUUAUGUCUUUACUUGCAACGAAAAUGUCUAGUGAUGAUUUGAUUUGUAGUAGAAAAAUGGCACGACAAAACGGAAUUGUCCAACCUUUACUCACUGAUCUCUAUCAGAUCACCAUGGCAUAUGCUUACUGGAAGUCUGGUAAAGUUAAUGAUGUUGCAGUUUUUGAUUUAUUUUUCCGUACAAAUCCUUUUCAAGGCGAAUUUACAAUAUUUGCUGGACUUGAAGAGUGUCUUAAAUUCUUAGAAAACUUUCAUUAUUCUGAUAGUGAUAUAGAAUAUUUAAAGCAGACAUUGCCAGAAAAUAUAGAACCAGAGUUUUUUGCAUAUUUAAAGGAUCUAACAUGCAAGGAUAUUAAACUGAGUGCAAUUGAAGAAGGAUCAGUCGUAUUUCCAAGAGUACCGUUGCUGAGAGUUGAAGGACCCCUGAUAAUCGCACAAUUACUAGAGACAACCCUAUUGACCCUGGUUAACUUUGCAAGUUUAAUGGCAACGAAUGCUGCGCGAUAUCGUAUGGUGGCUGGAAAACAUGUGUCUUUGUUGGAGUUCGGUUUACGAAGGGCGCAAGGACCAGACGGAGGUUUAUCUGCAUCCAAAUAUGCAUACAUAGGUGGUUUUGAUGGCACAAGUAAUGUGUUAGCUGGGAAAAUGUUCAACAUACCAGUGAAGGGGACUCACGCGCACUCGUUUGUGACGUCGUUCAGCACGUUAGACGACGUCAGUUCCGCGACGUUGAGUCACGCGGAGACACGGGCGCCGUGCAACUUGCUACAGCUGGCAUCAGAGUGGCGCAAGAAAGUCUCCUCCAUCAUAGACAUAUCCCCGGAAGAGGCGAGCGACGGCGAACUGGCCGCCCUAAUAUCAUAUGCCAUUGCAUUCCCGUCAGGUUUCAUGGCUCUAGUGGAUACGUACGAUGUCAAGAGGUAUAAUUUUCAAGGCUUACCAUCACGACACAGGCAGCGUAUCAAUGGGCAUUCUGGCUACAAUAGCAACUGUGGACCCAAUGGUCCUAGAAUACAAAUAUCACCGAGUAUAGAUAGUACAUAUGGAUAUAGCACGGUCGAACGCACACUGAGGAGUGGUUUGCUGAACUUCUGCGCGGUGGCUUUAGCGUUGAACGAUUGUGGCUAUAGGGCUUUGGGAAUACGUAUAGACAGCGGAGACCUCGCAUAUCUCUCGGUACUAGCUAGGGAGACGUUUGAUCAGAUCGCCAGGGAGUUCCAGUUGCCGUGGUUCUCUAAACUAACUAUUGUCGCCUCCAAUGACAUCAACGAGGAAACCAUUCUAAGUUUAAACGAACAGGGUCACAAGAUCGACAGCUUCGGAAUUGGAACACAUUUAGUCACGUGUCAACGGCAGCCAGCUUUGGGAUGCGUUUACAAAUUAGUGGAAAUAAACAGUCAGCCACGCAUCAAGCUGAGUCAAGAUGUUGGUAAAGUCACCAUUCCUGGCCAUAAAGAGGCUUACAGAUUAUUUGGAGCGGACGGGCAUGCCCUCAUAGAUCUACUGCAGAGGUCUUCGGAGCCACCACCAGAAGUUGGCCAGAAGGUGCUAUGCAGGCAUCCAUUCCAGGAGUCGAAGAGGGCUUACGUCAUUCCCAGCAAAGUGGAACAUUUAUAUAAGAUGUAUUGGUCAGACGGUCAUAUUUGUAUUAAACCAAAGCCAUUGUUGGAAGUGCGGGAACGAGUGCAGUCGUCACUACGUACUCUCCGACAAGACAUCAAGAGGAAUUUGAAUCCUACGCCUUAUAAGGUGGCAGUUAGCGACAACCUUUAUAAUUUCAUACACGAUUUGUGGCUACAGAAUGCGCCCAUUGGAGAGUUAUCGUGAAAGUUGUAAUUCUGUUAAGUUCUAUUGAAAAUGAGCUUUAAUAAUAAAGAUCCAGUUGAAAUCAUGGCAAUGUAUGUUUUGAGAACAUACUAAAUAAUAUUGUAACUGCGAUAUAUAAUGUAGUAAGUAAUAUAAUAUAUUGACUAUAGUACAUGCACAAUUUGUUUGUGAUAUCGUCUAUAAUAAAAUGAUUUUCAACUCAUGGGUUAGGGGAUCACUUUUUGUUAUUUAACUCUAUAGUUUCUAGCUAGGUUAUCAGUUUGUUAACAUACUUUGCUGGUAUAUUCAGAAUUUUAAAGACAUUAUUUUAUUUUGUACUAAGUUUAUAAAUAUAAUUUCCUGUUAAGUAUCAUAUAUUGGUUAUUCAGUACCAUUAUUUCAAACAUUUUUAUCAUAAUUAUCAUUUAUGGCCAUUGUUAUAAAGAAAUAUCGCCAUUUAAAAGUAAUUAUUGCAUGAACAGACAAAACUAUAAUUUUUAUUAUGAUUAAUUUCUUUAGUUCAGAUUUCACCAAGUAUACUUGAAAUUGAAGAUUAAUAAGGUCAUUCAUUAUAUACCAUAUUCACGAUAGUUCUGUUUUGGCAAUAAAAUAAAAAUGAAACAAAUUUAAAAGUGUUCACACCUCAUUAAAGAAUCCUCUAAGAGAAUGUUACGCAAAUAUUAUUUUCAUUAUAUUGUAAGCAUAUAACACACACGCGAUUUCUAAUUUGAUUUAUCUAGUAUAUUAAGAGAAAAAUAUAGUACAUUCAUACAUCGUACUAGUCAAAUUCAUAAAAAAUAACAGGAGUGCGUAUAUAUGAAAAAAAAAAUACAUAACUUACCCAUAGACAAGUGAAUUUGCAUUCCAUCUUUUGACAUAAGAUUUAACCAAAGGAUCAAUUACGAUUUUAUUAAAGUGGAGACUUUAUUACAAGGCACGUAUUUACAUAAAUUCCUAGCCAUAGAUCUAAGUUAUGUAAGUUCUUAAAUAUAUACCUAUAUAUAAUAAUUAAAUUUAUAUCUUAUGGCUCAUUCACGAAUCAAUGGAUAAAUAUACUUAGUAAAUUGUAGAGGGAUAUUGGGAACUGUAAAAAUAGUGUAUUUAUUGAUAAAAUAGUGCAGUUAGUUUUUUUUUUAUUUGCCUUUUUUAAUUGUAGAGAUUUUUAUUAAGGUAUAGUGGGUGUGUUGUCCGCUUUGUGAGUCCAAUUCGGGCAAUUAUUUUGUAUCAAAUAUUAAAGUGUAUAUUUUAAAUAUAUAUAUCCUUGAUAAUUAUACAUAAUGGUAAGGAUAAAUAUAAUAUAUUUAUAUGCAAUAGUUGUGGAUAAGAUUUACAAAAAUUGUACGCAUCACAAAUUGUUAAGCCAUUGGCAUCGUUGCAGCGACAAUAACGCCUUGUAUGAUCUUAAGAUUAAAUAUAUUUAAAUAAAACCAUUAUAAGAUUUAUAAUCGUCUGCAAUUUAAAUGUAUCUAGCAUUUAGAGGAAGGUACAAAUAAGGUAUAAUUGUAAACUCUGCACACUGUAUUUUUUUUUUCAUUCAAAAUAAUUAUAAGAAUGAGCUUUUCAUAUUGUAAUAUGAUUUCUAGAAUAAUUAUUCGAUAUCAAUAAUUCCCAAGAUUAAUCAUAAAUAAAUGAACCAACAAGAUUUGCACGAAUUUAUUUAUUAUUCACGUACAUGUUUACGUACAUAAUUGUUGAACACUAUGCUGUUUGUUUAGCUCAUUCAUUAAGUAAAUUAAAAUAAAUUUCUUGUUAAAAAUUAUAUUAAAAUUAGUUUCACAUUGUGUCUGUAAUGACACAAUGAUGAAGGCUUCAAACAUAAAAACUUUGUCUUUCGUAUCGAGAUUUAAAAGCUUACGUAUUUAAAAUUAUUACUCAUUUAAAUAUUAUAAAGUCCAUGGAAUUAGGUUGUUGACAUAAUUUUAUUUUUUGCGUCUGUGGUUAUUUAUACGUAUUCUCUAUUGGAUAUGGAUUGAUAUGGUGUGAGAGGCACGAAGACCAAAGAAAAAAUGGAUAAAUGGAAUUAAUUGUUAAAUUGGCAAGACAACAGAGAGGGGUGAUUGCUAAAUAUUUUGGAGAUAUUUUAGUCGAUUUUUUAUUAUAUAUUUCAUUUUUUAAUAUAUAUAUGUUAUAAAUAUUUACUUUUUUCAUGUGCUUCAUUUAAGUUUUGACUGAUUAACCCAUUAUGAUGAGCAAAAAGUAUCUACUCACUAUGAAAUCAUAAAACUUUUCUACAGUGCAUCCAUUGCAUACAGGAGACACUUUCAAAUAUUCUUCAAUUUUGAAUUUGGAAACUUAAAAUGUUGUAUUCUGACUUCUGGUUUAUUUAUAUUAAUAAUACUAUCCAAUUAUUAAGAUAAGAACUGUCGGGUCAAAUUAUUUAUGGAUAAACAAGUUAUUUGUUUAAUUUUACUUUUAUAUUAUACCGAGUACAUAUGAAGAAACAAAAGAAUUGCAUUAAUAUAUUUCUUUGGUGUUAGUGAAAUUGUUUUCUUUUUGUUACAAUUAUCUCAACUAGUUUAUUGUUGUACUUGUUAAAAGUACAUGAUAUAUUGCAAAUACUUUGGAAAUAAAAAUAGAUUGUAUGUUAAUGUAGGUAUAGAUAUAUAUAUAAUAUAUUAGUUAGGUACGAUAAAAUGUUUUUUUAAAUUACACUAUUGGUACAAAGCAAAAUAAAUAAGGAUAUUUUCGGCAUAUAUUGUUAUAUUUACUUAUUAAAAUUAUGCCGUUUAUAAAAGAAUUCUCUGCAAUCCUCUGUGUUAAUUUCUAAACUAAAAACUUAAAACUGAAAAAUGUUAACUCUGGUGUACAUAAUGUUGUAAACUCAAUGUAACUACCAUAAUAUCUAUCAUUUCAGCCGUUAACUGUCCAUUGCUGAACAUAAGCCUUUCCCAUAAGUGGAGUUUUGUCAGUAGUUGCUACACUUAGUAGGCGUCUUGGCAACCUCAAUUAGGUUCUGGAGAGAUAUUUUAAGAGGAACGCUGUUGCCCAAUCCUCUACCAUUAAGUACCUUUAGUCGCCUCUUACGAUAUUCACGGGUUGGACAGGGAUGGCCUAUUCUAUAUAUAUUUAUCUUAUAUAAUAUCUAUACUAGUGUAUAAUACUUGUUACUAAUGUAUAAUAUUUGUUGUAAAAAUUGAGGAUUGCAGCGGUUUCUUUAUUUUUGAGAUAGAUAAGUACUUAUUUAUUUGUAACAAAAACGAAUGUUCAUUACCUAUGUGCCUAAUUCAAAAUCAAUAUAACGGCAUAUUAUUAUGCCAUGUGUAUGAUGCCAUGUUCUUUCGUGCACAUCCUAGUCGUCUUGGAAUCGCUAAGAGUCUUUAUACGAAUGUUUAAAUAAAUUUAUAUUUAAAAUUAAUAAUGAUAGUAAAUGCACCGGCCUACAUUGAUGACUAAAACAUACUUGUAUUUAACGUAAAAAGUAACUAGCUAUACUUAAAUAGAAUAUUCAAAUGCACAUUGUAUCAUCUUACCAAUUUUAAUUUUACUUUUAGAUGGAAAAUUUGGAACUUAGAAAAAUAAAUAAAAUAACUUUUUUA